GCUCCAGAUGGCGUCUUCUGUGGGCAACGUGGCCGACAGCACAGAACCAACGAAACGUAUGCUUUCCUUCCAAGGGUUAGCUGAGUUGGUACAUCGAGAGUAUCAGGCAGGAGAUUUUGAGGCAGCUGAGAGACACUGCAUGCAGCUGUGGAGACAAGAGCCAGACAAUACUGGAGUACUUUUAUUACUUUCAUCUCUACACUUCCAGUGUCGAAGGCUGGACAGAUCUGCCCACUUUAGUACUCUGGCAAUUAAACAGAACCCUCUUCUGGCAGAAGCCUAUUCGAAUUUGGGGAAUGUGUACAAGGAAAGAGGGCAGUUGCAGGAGGCAAUUGAGCAUUACCGGCAUGCAUUGCAUCUCAAACCAGAUUUCAUCGAUGGUUAUAUUAACCUGGCAGCUGCUUUGGUAGCAGCAGGCGACAUGGAAGGGGCAGUACAAGCUUACGUCUCUGCUCUUCAGUGCAAUCCUGAUUUGUACUGUGUUCGCAGUGACCUGGGGAACCUGCUCAAAGCCCUGGGUCGCUUGGAAGGAGCCAAGGCAUGUUAUUUGAAAGCAAUGGAGACGCAACCGAACUUUGCAGUAGCUUGGAGUAAUCUUGGCUGUGUUUUCAAUGCACAAGGGGAGAUUUGGCUUGCCAUUCAUCACUUUGAAAAGGCUGUCACGCUUGACCCCAAUUUUCUGGAUGCUUAUAUCAAUUUAGGAAAUGUCUUGAAAGAGGCACGGAUUUUUGACAGAGCUGUGGCAGCUUACCUUUGUGCCCUAAGCUUGAGCCCAAAUCAUGCAGUGGUACAUGCCAACCUGGCUUGUGUAUACUAUGAGCAAGGCCUGAUGGAUCUGGCAGUAGACACCUACAGGCGAGCUAUUGAAUUGCAACCACAUUUCCCUGAUGCUUACUGCAACCUAGCCAACGCUCUGGAAGAGAAGGGCAGUGUUGCCGAAGCAGAAGAGUGUUAUAAUACAGCUCUGCGGCUGUGUCCCACCCAUGCAGACUCUCUGAAUAACCUAGCCAAUAUCAAAGGAGACCAGGGAAACUUUGAAGAGGCAGUUCGCUUGUAUUGUAAAGCAUUAGAAGUCUUCCCAGAGUUUGCUGUUGCCCAUUCAAAUUUAGCAAGUGUAUUGCAGCAGCAGGGAAAACUGCAGGAAGCUCUGAUGCAUUAUAAGGAGGCUGUUCGAAUCAGUCCUACCUUUGCUGAUGCCUACUGUAACAUGGGAGACACUCUAAAGGAGAUGCAGGAUGUUCAGGGAGCCUUGCAGUGUUAUACUCGUGCCAUUCAGAUUAACCCUGCACUUGCGGAUGCCCACAGCAAUCUGGCUUCCAUUCACAAGUAUUCAGGGAAUAUUCCAGAAGCAAUUGCUUCUUAUCGCACUGCUCUGAAGCUUGAACCUGAUUUUCCUGACGCUUAUUGUGAUUUGGCUCAUUGCCUGCAGAUUGUCUGUGAUUGGACAGACUAUGAUGAGCGAAUGAAGAAGUUGGUCAGCAUUGUGGCUGACCAGCUGGAGAAGAAUAGGUUGCCUUCUGUGCAGCCUCAUCAUAGUAUGCUCUAUCCUCUUUCUCAUGGCUUCAGGAAGGCUAUUGCUGAGAGCCAUGGGAACCUCUGCUUGGAUGAGAUCAGUGUCCUUCAUAAACCACCGUACGAACAUCCAAAAGACUUGAAGCUCAGUGAUGGUCGACUGCGUGUAGGAUACGUGAGUUCUGACUUCGGGAAUCAUCCUACUUCUCAUCUUAUGCAGUCUAUUCCAGGCAUGCACAAUCCUGAUAAAUUUGAGGUAUUCUGUUAUGCCCUGAGCCCAGAUGAUGGCACAAACUUCCGAGCGAAGGUGAUGGCAGAAGCCCAUCAUUUCAUUGAUCUUUCUCAGAUUCCAUGCAAUGGGAAAGCAGCUGAUCGCAUCCAUCAAGAUGGUAUACACAUCCUUGUAAAUAUGAAUGGUUAUACCAGGGGUGCUCGAAAUGAACUCUUUGCUCUCAGGCCAGCUCCUAUUCAGGCAAUGUGGCUGGGCUACCCUGGGACCAGUGGCAUGCUUUUCAUGGAUUAUAUCAUCACUGAUCAGGAAACUUCACCUGCUGAAGUUGCUGAGCAGUAUUCUGAGAAACUGGCUUAUAUGCCCCAUACUUUCUUUAUUGGUGAUCAUGCUAAUAUGUUCCCUCACCUGAAGAAGAAGGCAGUCAUCGAUUUUAAGUCCAAUGGGCACAUUUAUGACAAUCGGAUUGUGCUGAAUGGCAUCGACCUCAAAGCAUUUCUUGAUAGUCUCCCAGAUGUGCAGAUUGUCAAGAUGAAAUGUCCUGAUGGAGGAGACAACGCAGACAGCAGUAAUACGGCUCUUAAUAUGCCUGUCAUUCCUAUGAAUACUAUUGCAGAGGCAGUUAUUGAAAUGAUUAACAGAGGACAAAUUCAGAUAACAAUUAAUGGAUUCAGUCUUAGCAAUGGACUGGCAACUACCCAGAUCAACAUUAAGGCUGCCACUGGAGAGGAGGUUCCCCGUACCAUUAUUGUAACCACACGUUCUCAGUACGGGUUACCGGAAGAUGCCAUUGUGUACUGUAACUUCAAUCAGUUAUAUAAAAUUGACCCAUCUACUUUGCAGAUGUGGGCAAAUAUUCUGAAGCGUGUUCCCAAUAGUGUACUGUGGCUGUUGCGUUUUCCAGCAGUAGGAGAACCUAAUAUUCAACAGUAUGCACAAAAUAUGGGCCUUCCCCAGAAGUGUAUCAUUUUUUCACCUGUUGCUCCUAAAGAGGAACAUGUUCGGAGAGGCCAGCUGGCUGAUGUCUGCUUGGACACUCCACUCUGUAAUGGACACACCACAGGGAUGGAUGUCCUUUGGUCAGGGACACCCGUGGUGACUAUGCCAGGAGAGACUCUUGCUUCCCGAGUUGCAGCUUCCCAGCUCACUUGUUUAGGCUGUCUUGAGCUUAUUGCUCAAAAUAGACAAGAAUAUGAAGACAUAGCUGUGAAACUGGGAACUGAUCUAGAAUACCUGAAGAAAAUUCGUGGCAAAGUCUGGAAGCAGAGAACAUCUAGCCCUCUGUUCAACACCAAACAAUACACAAUGGACCUAGAGCGGCUCUAUCUACAGAUGUGGGAGCAUUACGCAGCUGGCAACAAACCUGAUCACAUGAUUAAGCCUGUUGAAGUCACUGAGUCGGCCUAA